GAGAUUUGGGAUCAACUUGGAUUUAAAUGAUACUUAGCUCCUUCUCCACCGGACCACUCGAUCCUGCCAUUUUAUACCGUAUGGAAAUCCAUCAAAAUAAACUCUUUACAAGAAGAAGAAGCUAGGUGUAGCCGUAUAUGGAGUUCUCAUACCUACAAAAUUUUAGAAGAAUUUGCCUUUAAGUGGGCAGUGGCAAAUCAUUGAAGUCGUAAUUGAGUAGCUCGAUUGCGCCCAAGCUAUUCGGUCAAUGGUUUGAAAAGUACACCACCAUUGCCCACAUUCGUAAAUCUCCGUUCUGGCAACUUGCGAGUCAACUCCAAAUCCUUCCAAUUAAUCAUCAGUGGCCGCUCGUUCUUCCGAAGAAAUGAAAUUAACCCUUCUCUGGGAAGGAAAAAAUCAGCUCGAAUUAUGUAUCACCCUCUUCCUCACCACGUCCCCUGUAUCUUCUUCUUCAUCCUGCUCGCCCUAGCUGCCUCCCAACCCCUCGGAAACUACUGCCCAAAUAGCACCACCACCUAUACUACAAACAGCACUUUUCAUUCCAACCUCAUGGCCCUCCUCUCCGCCCUCGCAUCAAAUGCCACCCGCCCAAACGGCUUCUACAACACCACCGUCGGCAGCGGCAACUCCACCGCGUACGGCCUGUUCAUGUGCCGCGGCGACGUCUCAACAGCCGGGUGCGCGGCCUGCGUGAGUGAUGCCGGCACGAAUAUACUGCAGCGGUGCCCGAAUAAAAAGACCGCCCACAUUUGGUACGACAAUUGUUUGUUGCGCUACGCGGGUGUGUCUAUCUUCGGAAGAGCUGACAAGUCGACAGUGCUGAGCAUGCGCAAUAGUCACAAUGAUACGCAACCGGCGGAGUUUAUGCGCUCCGUCGGGAACACGCUGAGUCAGAUGGCAAAUGCGGCGGCGGCCGGGGACAGAUCCGGCAAGAAAUUCGCGACCCUGGAAGCUAAUUUUUGGGCACUUGAGAAGAUCUACAGUCUGGGGCAGUGCACGCCGGACCUUUCCGUGUUGGAUUGCCGGAGCUGUUUGGCGAGUGCAAUCCAACGGCUGCCAGGGUGUUGCUAUUCGGCACUGGGCGCUAGAACGAUCUACCCAAGCUGUAAUGUAAGGUAUGAGACAUACCCUUUCUACAGUAGCACCGCUGCCUCUCCUGCACCGUCGCCUCCCUCCAGUGCGCCUCCCGUUUCUACCCCCAGUCAAGGAAAGAAGAAACAUUCUUCUUCAAAAGGGAUUAUUAUUGUCAUUGUAGUUUCGGUCGUUGGGAUUAUACUCUUCAUCGCAAUAUUGUGUUGUGUGAGAAUUAGAAAUGUCAAGAAACGAUCCAAAACAGCACACAUAAGAGAUGUGUCUGGAAUUUCAAGUAAGGAGUCCCUGCAAUACAGUUUUGUUACUAUUCAAGGAAUUACAAAUGAUUUUUCUCCCGAAAGUAAAAUUGGUGAAGGUGGAUAUGGUUCCGUGUACAAGGGAAAACUUCCCAGUGGGCUGGAUGUAGCUAUAAAAAGGCUUUCGAGAACAUCGGGUCAAGGGGCCCAAGAGUUCAAGAAUGAAGUUGAAGUAGUGGCCCAGCUGCAACAUAGACAUUUAGUAAGGCUGCUUGGCUAUUGCUCAGAAGGAGAAGAAAAGAUAUUAAUCUAUGAAUUUGUGCCCAACAAGAGUCUUGACUACUUCUUAUUUGUAUAUGCAUUUGGUGAUUUGGGUACCCAAAAAAUGGAGAUGCUGAAAAGAGGUUCUUAUUGGAUUGGUCAAGGCGUUACAAGAUCAUAGAAGGGAUAGCACGAGGCCUGCUUUACCUUCACGAAGAUUCCCGCCUUCGAAUCAUUCACCGCGACCUCAAAGCAAGCAACGUACUGCUCGAUGAAAAUAUGGACUCGAAAAUAGCAGAUUUUGGAACGGCCAAAAUUUUUGGAGUCGAUCAAACCCAAGGAAAUACAAGGAGAGUUGUUGGAACUUAUGGCUACAUGCCCCCGGAGUAUGUCAUGCACGGCCAAUUCUCAGUGAAGACCGAUGUUUAUAGUUUCGGUGUCCUUAUUUUGGAAAUCAUAACUGGGAAAAAGAUAUCCAACUUCACUGAUACCACAAGUGAUGCACAAUAUCUUCUUAGCUAUGUUUGGAAACAUUGGAAGGACGGUAGGCCUUUAGAGAUAUUGGACCCCUUCCUUGGAGACACCCACUCAAGAAAUGAAGUCAUCCAAUGCAUCCAUUUGGGCUUGUUGUGCGUUCAAGAAGAUAUUGACAAGAGGCCUACGAUGGCCAAUAUCGUUCUCAUGCUCAGUAGUUAUUCUGUCAGCCGGCCGGUCCCAUGUCACCCGGGAUUCUGUAGUAGUGACAGAUCAGAGACCAGAAGGGAUUCACUUCCCUUGUCUGUAAAUGAAGUAUCAACUAGUGAGUUUUAUCCGAGAUAACAUUACAAGGAUAUGCAUGCAUGUAAAGUUUAUUAAAGCUGUCAACAAAUAAAAAAUCUGAAGGAACUUUUGACACUUGUUCCAAUUCCUAUUUUGAAAAUUUACCCAAAAUUUAAAUUUGAUUUUAA